UUUUUGUUUAUAGAUAAAUAUUUUUGUUUUCGUUGAACGAGACGCGAUUUUUUUUGCAAAAAUUAACAAAUUAACAUUACAUUUUCCUUUAAAUAACGUUUAAUGGAGUACCUAGCAUAAAAUUGUAUAAACUUUAUUAAAAUUCACCAUCGCCGGUGACAUGGAAGGCAUGACCACAAAACGGUCGGACAGUGGCACCAGCAUUGGCAGCAGCGGAAGCACCGGCAGCUUUCUGUCCAAUGGAUUCGGGACUCAAUUCAUGACGGUGGCCCCUCCUCUGCUCAACUGCGAAGAUGAACUAAUCUGGCUCGAUAUGACUAAUCCCGCGUACCACAAGCCAGUAUACAACAGCUCAAUCAACGAGGCGAAACCCGUGGGCAAAGAUGCCAAGAACCUGAUCUCGCAAUCCUUCCGGCAAGCCCUCAGCAUUCAAGACCAAAAUGAUUUGCUGCGGGAACUGGAAAAAGAUCCGGAGCUGGUCUAUAACGUUGGGUUGACACCGGAUAAGCUGCCGGACUUGGUCGAGUACAAUCCUCUGAUCGCAAUCGAAAUUCUGCUGAAGUUGAUCCAUUCGCCACAGAUAACAGAGUAUUUCAACGUACUGGUGAACAUGGAAAUGUCGCUCCACUCGAUGGAGGUGGUCAAUCGGCUUACGACGCUUGUAGAGCUACCCACCGAGUUCAUCCAUCUGUACAUCAGCAACUGCAUUUCGUCAUGCGAGGCUAUCAAGGAUCGCUAUCUGCAGAACCGAUUGGUUCGAUUGGUAUGUGUGUUUCUGCAAAGUUUGAUUCGCAAUCGGAUUAUUGAAACGAGCGAGCUUUGCAUCGAGCUGGAAGCGUUUUGCGUAGAGUUCAGUCGCAUACGGGAAGCGGCAGCUCUGUACCGAUUGUUGAAGCAGCUUGAAACGGAAUCGAACUCGGUUAGUAAAGUGAAAUGAAGAAUUAUUGAACAGAA